AUGUCUGCUGCAAAGAACAUCCUCCUCUUCGGUGCCACUGGAACCAUUGGCACCUUCAUUCUCGAUGCCCUUCUACCCGUGCGCUCUCAAUUCGGCCGCAUCGCCAUCUUUACUUCCCCGCACACUGCCAAAACCAAGACUGCACAGCUAGACAAGCUAAAAAAGCAAGGAGUCGAGGUAAUCAUUGGCAAUGUUGAAGACGAAGAAGCAGUCAAGAGCGCAUAUGCAGGCAUUGACACUGUGAUUUCUGCAUUGGGCCGCAACACUCUGGCACAACAGAUUCUAUUGAUUCGCUUAGCAGCUGCUAGCAAAGACGUGAAAUGGUUCCUACCGUCGGAGUACGGUACAGAUAUCAAGUACGGGCCAGCAUCGGCGAAUGAAAAACCUCAUCAGCAGAAGCUGAAGGUGCGCGCGUAUCUCGAGAAUGAAAUCUCACGCGAUGAUCUUGACUUCUCGUAUGUUGUCACUGGACCUUUCGCUGAAAUGUACCUCAAUCUGGUGCCCGGAAUUGAGGAGGCAGGUGGGUGGGACGUCAAAGCACGAAAGGCAGUGUUGCUGGGUGACAAAGGGGCAGAAAUUAGCUUGACGACCAUGAAAGACGUUGGAACUCUGGUUCUGAACACCCUACUCCAUGCCACGGGCGAGACACGCAAUUCUGCAUUGUGUGUCAACUCGUUCACUACUACUCCGGACAAGAUCCAGGCAGAGUUUGAGCGCCAGCUGGGUGGUCAGGAGUGGGAUGUAUCACGGACGUCUUUGGCGAGGCUGCGGGAGUUGGAGACCGAGGCUUGGGAGACUGGGAAGCCGGCUGCUACGGGGGUGACAUUGCGACGGAUUUGGACCGAGGGAGGGACGCUGUAUGCUAAGCGGUCCAACGGCGCCAUUGGGGAACCAAAGGUGAUGGGGUUGGAAGAAGUGGUUGCGAAUGAGAUCGCGAGAGUGUCUAAGCUGUAA